AUGAAAAGCCUAUUCGUGAGGAGUUUUCAUCCUGUCCCUAGAUUCUCAGCCAUUUCAAAAUAUCUACUCAUUAUUUAUAGUAUCUUGCUAACCAACCAGCUUUAUUCUGUUUCAGAUUCCCAAAUGGCGCAGGGGUACCGCUCAGAAGUACAGGAACGCGCCCUAGUGGUGUCGCUCCAGAUGUUCAACUUGAUUCUCGAGCGAAGUGUCGCGCUUCUAAGAGAAGAACUGGAUAAAGCGGCAAAGGAACGUCCCAGGCUGAUUGUUGACGAAGACAUGCAGGUCCUCUUGCCGACUAUCAAGAUCUGGUGCGACUGGAUGCUUUGCCACAGUACCGUCUGGAACCCACCGCCCUCUUGUACAGAUUAUCGAGUCGGUCCGGUAGGAGACGCUUGGAGCCGACUGGCGACGAUGGUUAAUCUCCUAGAAAAGCUGGCCUAUCCGCGAAAAAUAGUUAUUCACGCACGUGAAGCCAUUGGACGGGAGAACGAACUUAAUUUGGUAAAACUACCUGAGGACGCAACGUUGUCUGGUUUCACGCCUCUGAUGUCAAAUCCCCAGGAUUCAUUUUACGCCGAAAAGACUGAGGAUAUGGAGGUGGCCCAGGUGUGCUUACGCAUACAAAAAAUAUUGUUUUUCGGACAAGUUUUCCUUUGCGGUCUUGAGACACCGGUGCUGAAGCUACAAAAAAACGAAUUCGGCGUAAGCGAAUACGUUUCUUUGGUCGAGACGUCCAGUACAAGUUCUCCGAAUUCCCCUCCCGAGCAGAGUGAUUCGGAAUUGCUGGUGGACAGCUACAGUGAGGGAGAGGAAGAGCCGACAUCUCUAUUGAAGCGAUUAUCCAACGAUUCGCUUGCGGAAUCCGAGAUACGACUGCUGAUUGAGCGGAAAGAAGAAUUGGAAAGACGUCAGCGAAAGCAAGAGCGUCAUCGUCAACGUGUUCAGGAGAUCCUGCAAAAAUCAUCAGUCUCAGUAGAAAUCGAAGUCAGGCCUCGACAAUUGGUGCCUGAUACUAAUUGCUUCAUUGACUACUUACCACAAUUGCAGCGCAUCGCAAAGACUACUUCUGGAAUCCAGCCGCUGUUCACUUUGAUGAUUCCUCUUGUUGUUUUGAGCGAGCUAGAAGGACUGGCGCGCGGAGCCGACUCUAGGGACUGUCCUCCGAGUUCCAGAGCUUCGCUGGACCCGGAACACGUCGCCAGGGUGGCGGAUUCUGCAAAAGCGGCUUUGGCCUUCGCCAGGAGCAAGAAUCCGGCUAUCAGGUGUCUUACCACCAGAGGGACUAUUCUUACUUCUAGUAUCUUCACUGCUGAAGAUGAUGUAAGGCUUAAUGAGCUUGCUAGCAACGAUGACAAGAUUCUUGCUACUUGUCUCAGCCUUUGCCGCUCUAAGGAUCAAGUUUCUAUCGAUGAAGGACAACCAAGACGCCUACGAAGAGAAGUAGUUCUACUUACCGAAGACAGGAACCUGAGGGUGAAGGCGCUAGCUCGAGAUGUUCCAGUUCGGGAAGUCCCUGACUUCAUGCUCUGGGCUGGGCUCGGUUAA